GACGACGAUGAGGAGGAGGAAGGGGAAGAGGAGCACGCAAGAACGUGGGAGAAACGCACCCGUCAGAGGGAACCGAAUAUUUUCAUUCAGAAGAAAGGAAGGACUAACGAAGGGCGCUGUUUAGAACACACAGGUUUGGCUGGUGCUCAAAGCCACACCAAGCCGCUGUGUACCCCCUAGUCAAAGGAUAAACUACAACUCCCAGCCUGCUCUGCGCGGCCCGGCGGCUGCGCAGACGCGUGCGCGUGGGCGGUCAUGGGAGUUCAGCAUGGCGGCGUUUGCAGAUUUAGACCUCCGAGCGAGUUCUGAUCUGAAGGCUUUGCGCGGAAUGGUGGAAACUGCCGCUCACCUUGGUUAUUCAGUUGUUGCCAUCAAUCAUAUUGUUGACUUUAAGGAAAAGAAACAGGAAAUUGAAAAACCAAUAGCAGUUUCUGAGCUUUUCACAACUUUGCCGAUUAUUCAGGGAAAAUCAAGACCAAUUAAAAUUUUAACUAGAUUGACGAUUAUAGUUACAGAUCCAUCUCACUGCAAUGUUUUGAGGGCGACUUCUUCAAGGGUCCGGCUGUAUGAUAUCAUUGCAGUUUUUCCAAAGACAGAAAAACUUUUCCAUGUUGCUUGCACACAUUUAGAUGUGGAUUUAGUCUGUGUUACUGUAACAGAGAAACUGCCAUUUUACUUUAAAAGACCACCAAUUAAUGUGGCAAUUGACCGAGGUCUGGGCUUUGAACUGGUCUAUAGCCCUGCUGUCAGAGACUCUACAAUGAGAAGGUACACGAUUUCCAACGCCCUCAAUUUGAUGCAGAUCUGCAAAGGAAAGAAUGUAAUUAUAUCUAGUGCUGCAGAAAGGCCUUUGGAAAUAAGAGGACCAUAUGAUGUGGCAAACUUAGGGCUGCUGUUUGGGCUGUCCGAAGGUGAUGCCAAAGCCGCGGUGUCCACUAACUGCCGAGCAGUGCUUCUCCAUGGAGAAACUAGAAAAACUGCUUUUGGAAUUAUUUCUACAGUUAAGAAACCUCGACCAUCAGAAGGGGAUGAUGAUUCUCUUCCAGCUUGCAAA